AUGUCUAAUGAUAUGGAUUUGAUAGAUGAUGACACUUCAAGAGGCGAUUCAAUUUCAAUAUGCUCAUCAUCAUUAUUAACAACAAAUGGUAGUUCAACAAAAGUUGAAAAAAAUGAUGCUAGUGAUAAGGAUAUAUGUAUGCAAAUAAAAUGGGAUUCAUUGCAUUUAAGUGAGCUUCCGUAUUCAGGAUACAAUGAAUCAGAUAGUACUGAUGAAAUUACAUUGAGUGAUAUGCCGGAUUUAGUAAUGCAAUGCAUUUUUGAGUCUUUCAAUCUUUAUGAUCGUUGUACAGCAUCUCAGGUAUGCAAACGGUGGCACUAUCUAUUGACUUGCAAGUUUCCGAUGGAAGAUGUAACAGUGCUUAAUAUUUUUCAAAAUCAAAUAUACAAAGAUAAAAUAAGUAAUAACAGAAAUAUUGGAUUGAAAUGUUAUCAUAUCGAUAAAGAUCAUUAUUUGCUAAACGUCCUGAAGCACUGUCGAAUAAUUAGUAGCGUCAAAAUAUGGUUUGCUGAUGCUACUUUUGCUGGCAAAGUAUUGAGAAAGUUGAAACAAGCUAAGAUCCGUAUGAGAUGUUUGGAUCUCUACCCAUACAAUACUGAAAAAGCGUUAGAACAGGCCUUCAGUUCAUUCCCUGACCUUACGGGUAUGACAAUGCGACCACAUGGUCAGGAAUUUUUCUGGUCUGGAUUGGACAUGUGUUCGUUCCCGAAAUUUACCAAAAUGGACACUCUUAUGUUGGAUGGAUUUAAUAUCAAACCUGAAGUUUUCCUGCCAGAAAGUCUUACAACAUUAGAAUGGCUCAAUAGGAGUGGCAAAUUUCUGCGUAUAAUGCCAAAACUAAGGUAUUUGGUGAAUUUGGAAUAUUUGAUGUUAGGGCAUGCAGAAUUUUUGGAUACUCAUGAAUUCGAUUCAUUUCUUCAAGUGAUCAGUUCGGAUAAUUUACCCAAAUUACAAUAUCUUAUAUUUCGAUAUUGCAAAAUCGACUCACACCGGCAAACUAUUGUAAUUGGAUCGUCGGAUAAUGACGACAAUGAUGAUAGUGAAUUGCCAAACAAUGGUGUAUCCGAACUUGACAUCAAACUUAAUUCACUUCAAAUGAUUAAAUUAGAUUUGUGUUAUACCGAUCUUGGGUUCGUCAUUCGACGGAUUAUCUCAUUCACGAGUUCAGCGAUGCGGGUAGUGUCAUUAAAUGUAAUCGGCGAAGAAACCAAUUACGAACGAAUUUACGAUUUAUCAUCGUUAAUAGCUGCAAGAAAAUUAACGUUACAUUUUGGAAUACUGCAAAAGGAUACAAGAGAUGAACGGAAAGAGGUGCUGAAUUCGAUGAAAUUACCUCCUUCAUCAUUUGGUACUGUAUUGGGACGAUUCGAAGCAUCAUUUCUUACCGAUGAAGCACUUUUGCGAAAUUUGUUACUAACACAUCCUUUACCACGUUUAACAGAUGUUAAAUUUAUUCAAGCAUCAGCUAUUACUCCUCCAAUUCUCUUACAUCUCUCCUUGAUGGCUCCGCGUUUACGGAAGUUAUCACUGAUAAACUGUGAAGAGGAUAAAUUAGAUAAUGGUAUUUUAAAUUUCAUUAUCAGUUUUCCAAGCAGGAUAUCGAAAUCACUUCAGAUAAUUUGGAAACGAAAAUGUAGUCGGCCACUAUCAUUUUACAAUAUGCUAAUUAACGAGCAUUGGAAUUUGAUCAAAGAUUUCGAAAUUCGUGUUAUUCCGAAAAAAUUUGCUGCUAACAAAGUUGGUGAGAAGAUUAUAAUAUGGGAAAUAGAAACGAAGAAAACAUUAUACCUACAAGAUUUCGAUGUUAAUGACCAGGGUCGAAUACUGGGUAUUGUGAUGCCACCGGAUUGUGACAUUGAUUCAUAUGAUUCGGAAUUUCUGGGAAACAAUGAAAGCACUUCCAGCUUUUACUUAUAA